AAAGUCAAAGCCUGGAGAAAGUAACAGUGUAUUCUGCAAGAUGCUGGCUGCAGGGGUCUUUCUCUUGAUCCUCGGUGUUCUCCCAGUCCACGGAGAUGACCUGAACAUGGACCCAUCAUACGUAUAUUAUGAAGACGAAGUCACAGACUCGCCAGAUGUUGCUCUCGAUGAUAACGACUGGUUGUACAAGCUCCUGGAUGAGUCCAAUGUUUGUGAUCCAAACCCGUGCUUCAAUGGCGGCUCGUGCCAAAAUGCAUCAGAUACAGAGUAUCAAUGCCACUGUACUGAGCCUUACAUCGGCACGAAGUGUCAGAGAGUGAGAAACAUCUGUGCCAAUGUGACCUGUGGUCAUGGUGACUGCGUCAUCAACCUCAAUAAAGCCCCUUUUUUCGAGUGCAGCUGCAGACCCCCAUACCAAGGCCCCAACUGCAACACAUUGCCAGCAUCUCCCUGUGAGCCCAACCCCUGCCAGAACGGAGGCGUCUGCAACCAAGGGGAACGACGCUACCACUGCACUUGUCCUGAAGGAUUCACGGGGAGGUUCUGCGGAACUGCUCCCACUGACUGUUACUCUGGGAAUGGAGAGACGUACAGUGGAGUCGUCAGUACCACGGAGGACGGGGUGGAGUGUCUGGACUGGCAUUCCAAUUUCAUCCUGCUGAACAUCGGGACUCCUUUAAGCACGUUCCCAAACUUCACAGACCUGGAACGCAACAACCAUUGCAGGAACCCGGACGGAGAUGACAAGCCUUGGUGUUUUAUUAAACAGAAUGGUACACUGCAGUGGGAAUACUGCGAUGUCAAGACUUGCCCUGAAGGUACAGUCACUCCACCAACAAUCGAAGGAAACGCCUCCGCCCAGUUCUCCCAGUGUGGAAUACCUGGAGUAAUCACCAAGAUUUUUCAGGGCAUCAAGGUUAAACCCGGAUACAUCCCCUGGCAGGUGUCUUUGCAGAAGAGACCCCAUGGUUCAACCGGCAGUUUUAUUCACCAUUGUGGUGGGACCCUGAUCGGGUCCUGCUGGGUCCUCACCGCCGCCCACUGUAUUCAAGACGUUGAAUACCAGGUGGUGAUGGGAGGAGUGAACAUAAACAAAGAUGAGGAGACGGAUCAGGUCAUCCCAGUCAUACAAAUUAUUAAACAUGAAGACUACAGAAAAGAGUCUGGGAUAUCACAUAAUGACAUUGCUCUGCUUCAACUCAAAGUCAUGGACAGUCCCUACUGUGCGAAGGAAACACGGUUUGUGAGGACCGCGUGUUUACCAGAUCAGAGGUUCCCGACUGGACACAACUGUAUGAUCUCAGGAUGGGGAAAAACCGAAACCAGGCCGAUCAGCCCAGAGCUGUUGCAUGCUCGUGUUUUGCUGAUAUCUGACGAGAAAUGCAGCACACCUCCUGUGUAUGGAGAUUUACUGGACGACAGGAUGAUGUGUGCAGGGUAUCUGAAGGGAGUCGUAGACUCCUGUCAGGGUGACUCAGGCGGCCCGUUGGCGUGUAAGCAGAAUUACAUACACUACGUCACUGGUGUGGUGAGCUGGGGCGACGGCUGCGGUCAGGAGAACAAGCCUGGUGUCUACGCCGACGUGAACAAGUUCAUCGACUGGAUCAAAAGCAAGAUUGCCUGAGCUGAGAAACCGGACAAAUCUGUCGUAGUUUAGGAAGAAAAUUAGACGAAAGGUUAGUUUGGCAUGAAAAAAAACACAGAAAAAACUAUUUAAUUCAUCAGCGAUAAAACCAAGCAUUUACUCUGAGUCCAGCUUUGAGUCCAAAGAGGCACAGUUAUAAACUCACAAAGCUGAACCUGCCAGACAAAAUGGAGAUCACACAUCAUUUCAGUAGGACUGCACUUCUCUCUCUCUCUACGUACACCAGAUGAUCAAACCUUGUGAGAAAACUGCGUGGCUGCAACAAGGCUGCGUCUGUGCCUUGUCUAUUUGAACUUACAGCAUUCGUUUUUUUCCUAGUGAUGUAAAACAUCUUACAGCAAUCUCCGGUCCGCUCCUUUUCCUCUUCGAAACACUGUCAAUAAAAGCAACUGAAAACUUUCCAUCCAACAUUGAACACAGUAUCACCUCUGCUUUACAACAAUCUGUAUUCUUCACCUGUAAACUGCCUGUGGAGGCACUUUCAUGAUCACAUGUCACCUGCUGCCUAAAUGAAAAAGAAAGGUGUUUUUUCCUAGUCUGAAUUCCCUCCAUACUUUAUCCGUCCUUUUCAUAACAUACAUGACGAGGCCUGUCCUGGUUCAAAAUGCUUAAUUCCCUUCUUCAUCAUCUCAACCAUAUUUCACAGAUAAUUGUUGCACCUACAGUGUUUGACAUUGGUUUGGCAUCUCAUGUAACAAGUUAUUGUCAUACUCUGUGAUUAUAGUAAUUAAUGGUUGGUUUUGGGAGAUUUCAGUGAAAUGCCAAGGAUAAAAUAUGCAAGUUUAUUUGUAUGAUUUUUUUGUUGUCGUUUUUUAAGAAACAGCAGAAACGGUCUUGUAGCAUAGUAAUGAUCAGCAAGAUAAACAAAAGGUGCCCCCUAUGUGUGUUUUAUCAAUCAAUAAAUCUGAUGCUGAAAGGUUACUCCCACACUUUUGUGUUGCAUGUGUGGGUGGACACACAACGGCUGAAUGAGCUGAACAUCAAACAGACUUUACACUGAACAAAGUCUGUCCUGCCUGAUUGAACCAAUAAACUCAUUCCAUAAGUAA